AGCCUCGCUGUGAGUGCGCACUCUCUCCGGUUGCGGUCCGAGCGCGGGACUUGGCCCGGAGCGCAGGCGGCAGGUGCCUUGGCUCGGGGGCGGCCCGCCGGAGCUUGCGCUCCUGGCUCGGGUUCUCGCCGGGUGCUGGGACCUAGCUCGCCGGGUGGGAGGCGCUCGGGUCCGUGCAGGCUGCUCCAGCCGGCUGCCUGGGGCAGUUUUCCCUGUUAGACCCGGCGCCAGCCCUGCGCUCACCCUGCUUCUUGUGGAUCUCGAGAGCGCAGCGCGCUGUUUACACCAGAGCCCUACUAGUCACUCAGCCGCACCCCUCCAAAAGCGCGAAUCCAAGGCAGCACUUUUCGGGCUCAGGCACCCCCAGUGUGGGCUGGAGGGAGCGAGCGCCGUUUAUCCAGGAGGGCGCGCACCUCGCCAGACUGGGGGCAGCCUUUGUCUUGGGUUUAUCGCGGAUGCGCUCAAACCUGUGCGAGGCUCGCUGCAACUGUUGGGCUCAAUCCUGGCUCCCGGCACUGGGCCGGCUCGGGGAGAGAUUCCAUUGUGUUCCUGCGGCAGGUGGGAUUGAGACUGGGAUUUAAAACGCCGGAAGGGUCCUGCGCGCUCACGGGAAAUGUAUGCAAGAAAAGUUGUGAGAGUUUAUACCAGUCCAUUCUGCUGUGAUUAAACAAGACACUGCUGUAUUUUACCUGAGCUUGGCAAAGCAAGGAUAUGAACAAUUGUGCAGGUGGGCUACUCGGGGUGAGUGAAGAGAUCAGGCAUCCAAUCAGGGAUUGGCAACCUGCAGCUGUGCCAAUAUGCCCCUCCACCAGAUUUCCGUAAUCCCAGCCCGGGAGACUGCCAGCAAUGGGAGAAGUUCAAUGGGCAGAAACAAAGAGAAGAACAAGGAAGUCGAGAAUUUCAGAAAUUGAAAAGGGAAAAGAGGAAGGAGAAAAUGCUGGGCUGGUGUGAAGCGAUAGCCCGGAACCCUCACAGAAUCCCAAACAACACAAGAACACCUGAGAUCCCAGGGGAUUUGGCUGAUGCCUCACAAACCUCCACAUUGAAUGAUAAAUCCCCAGGGCGAUCUGCUAGUCGAUCAAGUAACAUUUCAAAAGCCAGCAGCCCCACCACAGGGACAGCUCCCAGGAGCCAGUCAAGGCUGUCUGUCUGUCCAUCCACUCAGGACAUCUGCAGGAUUUGUCAUUGUGAAGGGGACGAAGAGAGCCCCCUCAUCACACCCUGUCGCUGUACAGGGACCCUGCGCUUCGUCCACCAGUCUUGUCUCCACCAGUGGAUCAAGAGCUCAGACACACGCUGCUGCGAGCUCUGCAAGUAUGACUUCAUCAUGGAGACCAAGCUCAAGCCCCUUCGAAAGUGGGAAAAACUACAGAUGACCACAAGUGAAAGGAGGAAAAUCUUCUGCUCUGUCACAUUCCAUGUCAUCGCCAUUACCUGUGUGGUUUGGUCUUUGUAUGUGUUGAUAGAUCGGACAGCAGAGGAAAUCAAGCAAGGCAAUGACAAUGGUGUCCUUGAAUGGCCAUUUUGGACAAAACUGGUUGUGGUGGCCAUUGGCUUCACAGGAGGUCUUGUCUUCAUGUACGUACAGUGUAAAGUCUACGUUCAGUUGUGGCGCAGGCUGAAGGCCUACAACCGUGUGAUCUUCGUGCAGAAUUGUCCAGAUACUGCCAAUAAACUGGAGAAGAACUUCUCAUGUAAUGUAAACACAGACAUCAAAGAUGCAGUGGUCGUGCCUGUAUCACAAACAGGUACAAAUUCACUACCAACUGCAGAGGUUGCUCCUCCAGAAGUUAUACCAGUUUGAUGGGACUAGUUGGGAGUUUCUUCACCCAAGAACAUCUUUGUAGCCUUCAGCCACUACAAAUGACAGAUGUGAUCCUGCAUUAUUCACUCCUUUUAUCUCCUGCUUCCCUUACUGACUUAUUUUUCCAUACUUUGCUCAAAAAUGAAAGGAGGAAAAGAAAAUCAAAUGACUCAUGAAGGAGCCUAAAGGACGAUAUGGAAACGUGAAGCUUGCUUGAGAAUGAUUUCUAAGACAAUAAAGAACCACUGGUACAGGGAAUGCUUUUAGGCAAUGAUAAAAGAUUAAAUGGACACAUGAUUUUCUUUACAGCAGCAGGGGAAAAGUUCAAGAAUACAGACUUGAAUUGCAAUGUGUAUUUCUUCUUAGGGCCUUGUAAAGUUGCCUAUUUCGUGUGGAAAUAACAAACAUAUUUGGUUUUAAGCCUGAAAUUGUCUGCAUUAUCCUUAAGUCAUAGUGGAAGCAAAGUUGGAGGAUGCGUAUUUUGAUAUACAGAUUUUUAUGGCUAUAGUGGAGUCUGGUUAUUUUGACAGAUGCAUGUUUUAAAAAUGGAUGCAACACACAUGUAAAGAUAGUAAUACCUGGAAUUACAUUUAAAUCAUGAACAAAAGACUUUUAGAGAAUGUUUGGGUUUAAUUAGCUCUGUUAAGUACUCACAGAAAUUUACAUCAAUUAUCAGGUCCUAUAUUUUAUCUGGUUCCUCUAACCCAAUGUUUGCCAACAGAAACAGGACACUGGCUACGAAUGUGGGCCACAAAUAUAAAUUUAAAAUUUCCAAGUAACCCUGUCAGAAAACAUAAAAAUAGGUAAAUACUAUUUUUGAUCAUUUAAACACUAUAAAUCAAGUUAUUUCAACAUGCCACCAAUGUAAAAAAUUAUAGAAAUUGUUUUUGAACCAAGACUUCAAAAUCCAGUGUGUACUUCCUAACACACCUCAACCUGAAUUAAUUCUAUUAGACAGUAUAACUGUAAAAUGUGAGAGUAAGCCUCUGCUUCAUUUAACUCUGAAUAUUCUAAAGCAGCCGCUUAAUUCAUUUCUUUAUGUCAAACUUUCAUUUAAAGGGCAUGAUUUUAAAAAGCACUAAAGUAAUCAAAUUAAGUAUCCUGGAUUGAAGAAUGAGAUGAAGUUACCAUUUCUCUAAAGGGGAAAAACCCCACAAAAAUAUAGAAAGAAAUCUGCCUGUAGCAAGUUGUUUGCUACUAUGAAGCAUUUAUGAUAGGGAAGUAAAAUUAAAUAUUUUUGUUAUUACAACAAAACUGUAAAGCUUUUUUAAUCCAUGACAGUCGAGUAAUUACAACGAAGAAUGCAGAUCCUAUUUUUAAAAACUGACAGUAUUUACCUUGCUCAGUUAAGAAGCAAAAAUAUUCAAGAGUCUACAAGUAACAAAUUGAGUUAUUUAGGGUUGACAUUAUUGCAUUCUUUACAUAUUCAUAUAAAACUCGAGUGUGAAUGACACUGCAGUGAACUACAUUCACAAUUGUAGAUAGUACAGUGGCAUAGUACGUAGAUAAUUUGGCAGGGGCCUGCUGAAAGAAAGGUGUUCUACAUUUUUUAAAAGGUGAUUUUUGUUAACUGUCAUAUUUAUUAUGGUGAAAAAGGCAAGGAUGGCCAUAAGAACCAAAGCAUGGUUUAUCACACUGCACAAAUUUGGGUAUCACAUUAGUGCACUUUGUAAUUUUCAAUGUGUUUGUUCUUCACAGAUUAUCAAAGGGAAAAAAGUAACAUUUUAAUGAGAAAGACAGUGUGGAUAUUAGUGGUGGUUAACAAUGGGUCCAAAUAGUCCCAUUCCUAGAAAUAAAGCAAAGGUAAACAAUGUCAAGUACGUGUGUGUGUGUGUGUGUGUGUGAUGUACUCAGGCAUAUAUGCAAGAAAAAAUUUUAAGUUGUUUAAUUGAGAAACAAAGGUUUAAAAUUCAUCUUUCUUUUUUUUUUUUUAUGGUUCUGGGGGAUCGAACUCUGGUCCUCGCACUUGCGAGGCAGGUGGUGGAACCACUAAGCUAAAUCCCCGGCCCCUAAAAUUCAUCUUUCUUAAAAAUUGUUGUAGGGGCACAGAGUAAAGGCACAGGAAAACAAAACUAAACUGGACCAAAAAUGCAACACAAUUAAAGACUUUAAAGUCAUUUAAAAAGAAUAAAAGAACUUCAAAAUUUGUAUUAACUUCUCAGAUUUCCCUUUUAAAGAUUUAAAAUAAAUACGAGUUUGAAUAACAAAGCUCUGGCUGAUUUAACCAUGGUACCACACUUAAGGGAUUAACAGUCCUUCAUCUUUCUAGUUUACUUUUUCUAAGCCAUUUUUCCUGUGGUUUAGCAAUGGCAACAUAUUGUCUAUGAAUAUUCCUGAGGAAAAAGUAGCUACCAGCAAACAAAGAAAUAUCGAUUACUCUUUUUGUCUGCUUUGGAAGACAAAGGAUUAUUUAACCUUAAUUACCACGGAAAAUACUGUUUUAAAAGUAAGAUAGCUGAGUGCAUAGCUCAUUUCACAGUGGGAGAUGAUUGGCUAAAAGGAAACCUUAUUUAUCAAAGGGUAUACUUAAACCUAAGAAAACAUUUCUAAAAUGAAAAGCAAAGAUAAGCUUUGCUAUGUUAAUAAUAAAAGAUAAUGGUGUUCUUAAACUACCAAAAUUCUCACAAAAUUACCUUUAUAGGCUUUGACUUUAUUGAAAUGAGAAUAUAGCUCCUGAACAGGAUUAAAAGUCAACAUUUAAUUCUAUUCUUCUGACCUUUCAAAACCCUAAACUGAAUUUCAUUUUUAAAAAAUCUAUUGCAGUAAAAUUUUCAUUAUAAAGCUUUCCUGCAAUGAAUGUUUAUGAUUUAAACAAUGUGAAAUGACCAUAUUCAUUUAAAAUCUAAUGUUAAUUAUUUUUUUAAAUUUCGAGUAGCAAUGAUACAUUUGUCCUUUCAAAGAAUAAAAAUAUUUGCCUUCACGGCAGUGCUUUUUGGUGGACUGAUUUACCUCUCAGAAAAACUGCUCUAUAGGACAUUAUUUUGAAGUAUGCUUACCUGCUCCUGUAAGAAAUAAAAUGGAAUUGAAACAAAGGACUGAAAUUGAGGAAUGCACUUAAAAAUCUUGGCUGUUCAAAAUAACAAGAAAAUGUAACAAGAAAAUGUGCUAUUCAUACCAUAAACCAUAGGCACUGAUGCUAUCAGUUUUUUUAACUAAAGAGCUGUCACUUUAGUUGCAGAAGGUUAAAGAUUACAUUACAAGGGAAUGAAAUUUCACAUUUUUUAAAGUGAAGAUGGAAAUGCAAAGCUUAUGCUUUUAUAUGAAAACAAAAUAAAAAUGGGAAAAAUUUUAAGUGAUCCCAACCUGGGAUACGGCAAUGCAGAAUUUGGAGUCUUUCUCACAAUGCCCCAGCACUAAAUCUCAUUCAGAGCUGCUGUUACAUGUGACAAUAAUCCCAGAGAUGGUCUCAGUUACACUGUUUCUUGUUUUGCACAAAGGCCUCAGUACCCUUAAAACAUCUAUUUCUUUGGCUGGAAAAUUAGUUUAUCAGCCUAAGGACAUCAUUAAGAAAAAUUAUAAUGGGGGUGAGGUGGGAAGGUCAUUCCAUCUGUCAGAUACAAUUUACCUUUCUUUGCCUUGCCAAUGAAUAUUUUGGAACAAAGUAGAGAUCUUUAGGCAGUAUCAUUAUUAUUGCAGUUUUUACAUAAUAAUUCUGUAAAAAUCAUACCUUAAGAUGAAAACCUUUUUUCUUUACUUAAAUCAGCCCAAUGGUGCUAUUUUACAUAUCAAUACAGAUGAAAGGAAGUACUGUUAUUUUGGGCUGCAGUGUUUCCUCCAUGUCUGAACAAGCCCAUUUUGAAAUUGGAUAUUGCAUUGAAAUGAAGAAAAAAUUAUUUUAAUUGUGUGCAAUUUUUGAGAUUGGCAUUUGUACUUUUUUUAGUUUUACCUAAUUCUCUUUCAUUAACAAUUUACUGUUUGUGAAUAAUGUGUGCUAAGACAAACUAAGGAAAAGAAAAUAAUUAUCUGUGAAAGACUUUGUAUAUUAAACAAGUGAUCCAAAUCGU